AGAUGUUUUCGUCAUUUAUGAUUUCGACCUUUCUGUUUGCUGGGACUCAGGUGCAAUCUUUGUCGUUUAAGUACCUGUCUGAUUUUAUUGUGGAGGGAGGGAGUUCUCUUGCUGUAACUUCUGAAGAGAAGAGCGAGUUUGUCUACAGCCUGUCACGUGAAUGUCCGUCAACAUGUAGAGAAGGAGCGGCUUUUCCUGUGAGCUUAUAUACAACUCGUGACCAUAACGGCUUCUUUUUGAAAGCCGAAGACAAUGAUGUGGUGGAUCAAUUAUUCACCAUUCGGGUGGAUGUCUACAACAAAACAAAUGUUGAUAAAUCCCUGAAAAUUCUCCGAUUCACAUUUGUCGACGAUGACGAGAAACCCCUCAGUCUUACAGAGGGUUUGUGGAAUCCACUUCAAGUAACAGUAGCGCAUCCUCCAAAUUUGCCUCAAACCGAAUAUACAUUUGCAGAUGUUUUAAACCAGGAAUUUAACAAAGAAUGGGAGCGAGCUCCUUUGAAGGUGGUAUUUCAAGAAAAUGAGGGAGGAAAUAAGACUUUGCAGAUCAAUCCUAUAGACGAUGAUGAAGUAAGGGAUCAUCCCAAACAAAUUCUAGUUAUUAAAAGACUGUCGACGUGUGAGCCUGUACAACGUUACUACCAACAUUUUGCAGUUCAAGUGCAAGAAAAUGAUGUGUUCGGGGAAUUUACGCAGUGGUCUACUUGGUCAAGCUGUACAAGAGAAGCGUUACCAUUCAGGGAUUGCUUUAAAACGCGGACUCGGAAAUGUGAACAUAUAAAACCUAAUUUCGGCGGAACCCCAAUUUGCAAAGGAAACAGUGUCGAAGAAAUGCCAUGUAGCAGCUGCACAUAGGCUAAAAUCACAACUGUCCAUGUAGCAUCUUCAGUGUGAAUGCUUGUUAAUUUUUUUUAUGUUAUUUAUUAUCUUUAGUGUUCAUUGAAUUCCCAAUUUAUUUUUAUUUUUGUCUUU